AUGGACCCGUUGCCGAGCACUCAGCGAGCCCUCAAAGUGAGAGGCCCGGGCAUGCUUGAGCUGGAUGAGGCAUGCCCGCUACCUGGUUUCGAGGACGACGAGGUCUUGGUUCGAGUAAGAUGUGUGGCGAUCAAUCCGGUGGAUGCCAAGGUCAUCGAUAUGGCCCCCAACAUCGGGGCAACGGCAGGGUGCGAGUUUGCCGGGGAUGUAGUCCAAGUGGGCCCGUUAGUCAAGAAUAAGCAGUUGAAGGCGGGGGUGGCCGUAUUCGGCUGCGUUUGGGGAAACCAUCCUAAUCGGCCAGACAACGGGGCUUUCGCUAACUUCGUGGCUGUUGCCGGGGAUCUGCUCUAUUUGGUCCCGUCUCAUCUCUCGUAUCCGCAGUGUGCCAGCCUUGGCGUUGCGCUUCCCACGGUGGGGAUGGCGGUAUAUUCUCAAUGGAACCUUCGGCUGCCCUACCCGACGCAUCCAGUGUCGGGCCGCACGAUAGCGCGCCGGGACGCAGACGCAAUGGAAAAGGAUGCCGCAAGAGAUGUGGGGAAUCUCACGGAACCCUUACGAUCCGCCCUUAAGACGCCCCGAGAGCCUGAAAGCAGCCAAUACGUGCUUGUGUACGGCGGGAGCACUGCCUGCGGAGCGAUAGCCUUGCAGAUGAUUCGCAAGUCCGGACUUGUACCGGUGUGUACCUGCUCUCCUCAUAACUUCGCUAUGGUCAAGGAGCUGGGCGCCGAGGAAGCGUUCGAUUACCAUUCCCCCACCUGCGGGGAUGACAUAAGACGAUAUACGUCUGACAACCUUGCUUACACCUUUGACUGUAUCACCGAUCUCGGCUCCAUGCGAAUCUGCUACACAGCCAUGGGGCGUGCAGGUGGUAAAUACAUGGGCCUGGAUCCUGUACCGCUACGUGGGCAUACACGCCGUGAUAUCAAACCUGAAUACGUUCUUAUUUACACCAUGUUCGGCAAAGAGGUCCAGUCGCCAAGACCAUUUGGGAGGCCUGCUCGGCCCAAGGACCGAGCCUUCGCUGAGAUCUGGUAUCGAAGCACACAGGUACUGGUCGACACUCCCGGGGAGAUUCGCCCACAUCCUCUUGACCAAGGCUUGGAUGACUUAGAUGGUGUGAUCAAAGGUCUAGACAGGAUGCGCAAGGGGGAUGUUAGCGGGGUUAAGCUAGUUUACGAAUUGAAACGGUAG